CAUAAUCUGGUCGCAAAAUGUGUGGGCGAUAUUCUCUGGGAGUUCGCAUGGCCUUUGUUCGACAGCGUCUCGAGCAGCAAGGCAUGCAAGUCAAUGACGCCCCAGGAGAUGAUGAAGUACGCGGGACAUACAACUUUGCGCCUGGAUACAAUGGUGUAGUCUAUUGCGCCGAUCCUAGGGAGAGAAACCAUAGAGCUACGAGAGAAAACGAAGGCGACGAAACAGCCACAGAGAAAGCCCAGGAAGAGAUACGGCAGCAAGAAGACGAAUAUAAUACCCAGUAUUGCGGUCUUGGAAAUAAGAGCGCACCCAAAUACAAGCUGCAAAGCAUGAGAUGGGGUCUUAUCCCGUUCUGGACAAAACGCAAGCCCGACUACGGCUCUCUUAUGCGAACAAUCAAUUGCCGAGAUGACUCGUUAAUCGAAGAUCGCGGGAUGUGGACGUCAAUGAAGCGAAAGAAGCGGUGUAUUGUGGUUUGCCAGGGAUUCUACGAAUGGCUGAAAAAGGGUCCCGGAGGAAAGGAAAAGGUCCCGCACUUCGUCAAGCGCAAAGACGGCGAGUUGAUGUGCUUCGCUGGGCUCUGGGACUGUGUCCACUAUGAAGACUCUGACGAGGAGUUGUAUACGUACGCCAUCAUCACAACAAGUUCAAACCCCUACUUGAAGUUCCUUCAUGACAGAAUGCCAGUGGUCCUCGACCAGGGAAGCGAAACAAUGAAAACAUGGCUAGAUCCCAACCGGACCACAUGGUCGAAGGGCCUGCAGUCUAUUCUCAAGCCUUAUGAAGGCGAACUAGAAUGCUACCCAGUUUCGAAGGAAGUCGGGAAGGUCGGAAAUGACUCGCCCGACUUUUUGAUCCCAGUCAACAGCAAGGAGAAUAAGAGCAAUAUCGCGAACUUUUUCGCUAAUGCAAAACAAAAGAAGGACGAUAAACCUAUCAAGACAAAGGACGAAAAGACAGAUAUAUCGGAGCAGAAAGUCACCAAGGAUAGUGAUGAGAAUCGGACAACACAGGUCAAUAAAUGGAGUGAGGACAACGCUCCUGUGCCAGUACCUGGUGUCAAGAGAGAGCAUCCACCCGAUAGUCAUGACGAGAUCGGAGAGACAGAGCAGAAGAAACAGAAGACCCAAUAUGUUUCACCUUCGAAGCAAUCCGACCACAAACUAGUGAAGGCGGACGAAAAGAAGUCAACUGAUGGCUCCCAGCGGAUUACCAACUUUUUCCGAAAAUGAUAUACACAGUUUGCAUUGGACUAGGAGUAUGAAAUGGCGAUUGGAAUAGGGUGCAAUUAGCGUUCCUAUAGCGUAUCGAUUUUACCGCUAACAUAAUUUUCGAGACAAUGUUAUGCGAACUGUCCAGCAGU